UGGAAAUCAAAGUUUGGAGGUGGGCAAAGGCAUGGAAUAGAAGACCGGAUGUUGACAAAGUUCCUGUCACAUUUCUCAGAAGGUCGUUCGUUCUAGUGUGAGAGAGAUAGAGGGGAGAGAGAGAGAGAGAGAGAGAGAGAGAGAGAGAGAGAGAGAGGAGAUAUUCUUCUCUCUCCGAGACUAACGAAUCUUCCCCACCGUGAUGAAAAUCUCAACCUUCUUGCCAUUGUAAAUCUACAUAAAUUUCAACUCUUUUGGCGUUUGUUAUAGUCUGUCCGCAUCUUCCCUGUUUCUUCUUUCUUUGGAACUUUGAAGGAGUAAAACUCUUCUGAUCUCCAUUGAAGGAGGGCUUCGGGCUUUUGGUUUCUUCUUCUUUCAGGUCAUGCGAUGAAUCAGUGGCAGAGGGGUUUGUUUGCUGUGAGAUGAUGUAGUUUGAGAUCAUGGAGUAUGCAAACUAAUUGUACUGAUAUAAUCUUAUUUGUUCCUCCUUGAGACGGAAUAUGUUCAGAAAAUGAAUUGUAAAAGUUACAUUCCUGGACAUUAUUCAACAAGAGACCUUAAUAUGGACAGAGGAAACAGUUGGCCCGUAUACUAUGACAAUAAAUUACUGAGUGGUCAUCUUCAUAAUAAUUGCAUUCUUAGUUCUCUGAAUCUGUAUUCUGAAUAUGACAAAGAAAUGCUCAAACGAACAAUGCUUGAACAUGAAGCCAUAUUCAGAAAACAGGUGCAUGAGCUUCAUCGUCUGUAUAGAAUUCAGAAGGACCUGAUGGAGAAAUUCCAUAAGAAUGGUUCAUACAGAUUACCCACAUGGACCCUCAAAUCAAAAACUAGUUUUUGUUCAUCGGAGACUCAAUCUCAAGUCACAGAAAAAAAAUGGCAAAUGUACAAACAGCCUGCCUUGAGCAGCAGCCAGAGCAAGGAGACAACUACAUUAACUAAUACAAAUGUUUCUCCCAUUAGUACUCUUCAGUCUUGUUUUGAUAUGCCAGGAAAUGGAGCCCUUGAGAAUGAAGUGAAGCUCACUUUAGCCAAUGUAAGCGAUGCUGACGGUGGUGCUCACGAAUAUGAUUCUCGUGGGAAGAAUAGCCUUUUCGGUUGCUUAGCUGAUCUAAAUGAACCUAUCGAAGAUACGUCCUUAGGGGGAACAUCUUAUUCACAACGCUCUCAACAACUUGGCUUGGUUGAGAAUCACAGGCCAAAUGGUUCAUUGAGAUCAACCAAUUCAUGGCUGCAGAUUUCAUCUUCCAAAACUCUGGAUUUUGAUGAAAGUGGUUCCUUGCCUGAACUAGAGAAGGAACUAAGCCAAGUAUGCUCUCAAUUUCUUGGUGAAGCAGAGAAAUCUAAAUUCGAUCUGAGCCUGGGUUCUGAUAAAGAGAAAUGCUCAACGCCCUGCAAACCAAUCCAGAUGAAUCCAAUCAAGGCCAAUGACAUUCUCUUACAAGAUCUUAACAAAGCUGAUAAACAAUUUGCUCAGGAGAAAGGUUAUUCUUCAAAAAUUCCUCGAAAAAGCUCCGACGACGCUGUUUUGGACGGGAAACUAGCUUCAUUGAACAGCAACACACCUUUGUUACCUGCAUGGAUGAAGCCAUUAGGUGGCGAAAAUCAGUGUUCUGCUGGACUUCAAACAAUCUCAAGCUUUGACAAGUCAAAAACAAUGAAUAAAUUGCAGUUUUGUAGUGAUUUAAGGUCAAGUCGUAUUGACAAUGGAAGAUUCUCUUAUCAAAAUGGGUUUAACCUUGGCUUCCACCGAGAUUUUCAUUUCGUUUCUCAACCAGAUGUCUCAUAUAGUAAUCCAAACCUCAACUUGAGAGAGAGUUUGAAUGGAAUAACUGAUCCGAAGCUUAUGGAAACGAGUAAGAUGGAUGGCGAAUGCGAAGUAUUGUCGCUAGAACUCCCGUGGCUCAAGAAAAAGCUCAAUUGGAAUGAGUUUUUGAAAGGAAAUGAGGGAGCAGCAGAAAUAGAAAGACCAGUACCUUCAUGUAACGUGGAAAGCUUUCCAUCAAAUCCGUAUUGCUGUGAGGAGAAAGCACAAAGGAAUGAGGGACCUGAUUGUUUGAGCGGAGAAAAGAUUAUUGGACUCCCUAUUUUCGAAAAGAUUCAACCAAAUCUAAAUUUUUUGAAUGAAAGGCAUCAGCAAGUUCAUGGUUUACAGCAUGGCAGUGUGUUCAGAGACAGAAAUCAUCUUAACCAAGAAAAAAGGUUACCUUGUGAAAAAGGUAGGAGCUUAAUGAAUCAUAUUGAUCUGAAUUGUGAAGUAACAUUCAUAGAAGAACCAAAUCUAUCAAAAAUGUUGCCCGAAAGUACGGUCUGUGCCCCAUCACAGCCAUCGGAUACAUUAUCUUCUUCGAAAGCUUCCUCCUUGAUAGACAUGGAUGCACCUGUCAUACUACCAGAAGAAAAUGACUUGCAACGACAUGGAUGCUCACAUGAUACACUAAUCGAGGAAGCAGCGAAGAGCAUGAUCACGUUGUCAAUCGAUAGAUUCAAGCACGAGUUUGAUGACCAGAACUGCUUAGCUGCCGAACCGCCAUCCAAUAUCUUGCAUUGGUUCGCCAAUAUGGCUUUGUUGAACAUGCACACAAAAAUAUCAGAUUUUGAAAUGGAUCCGUUUGAGCAGAUGACCCUGCAGCUCAAAGAGAUGAAACCUGAGGCGACAUGGUGCAGUUCUCGAGAGAUAGAAAAGGCUAAGGAUGACGAGAAGAGUAAGUCUUUGCUGCUCUUUAAAAAGCCUCGAAGAGGCCAAGCGAGGAAGAGGAGGCAAAGAAGAGACUUUCAGAAGGACACUCUCCCUGGGCUUGCCACACUAUCAAGAAAAGAGAUGGUUGAAGACCUUCAGUUGAUAGGUGGGCUAAUGAAAGCAUCAGGCUUGCAUUGGGAAAUGAGCACCGGACGACGUAAUGGCACGCCGGUGAAGGUCAAAAGAAGGCAAUUGCCAAGAAAAACCACCAUUCCUGAUAUAAAGGGGCAUAACAGACCUCAAAAGACAAUGUUUUUAUUUAAUAAAAAGGCUAAAAAUCCUGAUUUCGAAGUUGGAAGGCCAGGCAUGGUUGGGUGGGGGAGGACAACGAGGCGGUGCCGGAGACCAAGGUGCCAUCUUCCACAAAAUGUCGCUACGGCUCUAACCUGAGAGAGGUGGGGACUGAUUACUACAAUUCUCAUCUUUUUGAAGGGAGGAAAAGUUUUCUUCAGUUCAAUCUUGAUGAUAUUUUACAUGUUUUCUUGGUUAAUAUUCUGUAUUGAGUUGCGUUUUGGUUUACAAACGGCUUGUACAUUUCUAGAAUAAAAAGCUAAAUUAGUUCUUAUUGAAGUAGGGGCUAACGGCUCAAUUUAGCUUGAUAUCUUUAGGAUUUCAUUUAGGAUUUAUGUCAAAGGUGCUAUUUGUAAAUAUUUUGUUUUUGAGAUAUUUAACUUCUUCAUUAACUUUGAUC